AUGAAUGGUACUACAGCCUCCACAGACUCCUCUGUCCACGCUGUAACAGGUCAAUCCCAAUCAACAACACACAGCCCUGAAGUAGAGAACCAUACCUCAGAGCCUUCAGUAAAAUCAAUGACACCAACCGACUUGAAUCUCACCUCUGUGGGUCACACUACUACAGCCAAAUCCUCUUCCAUCGCUACAACACCUCUAGCUUUGACUGUGCGAGAUGAAAAGCCUAGUGGAAGCAGAAGCACGGCAGCUCCACCACCUCAAGGUCAAGAGCCCAAGAGAAGCGAGAGUACCACAACAUCAGCAACUCAAGGCACCUCAAAACCAGCCACCCCGACACUGGAGUCCUCUGGCUACUUGCCUGCACCCACUCCGACAGAUGAUAAAUCACCACUGACGGUGGCAGCUUUUGGUGUCAUCAGCUUCAUCGUUAUCCUGAUAGUAGUUGUGAUCAUUCUGGUCAGCGUGGUCAGCCUGAGGUUCAAGUGUAACCGCUCAAAGGACUCAGAAGACAAACAGAAGCCAGGGACCUCCAUGGUGUCAGAGAGCUGCUCGACAGGCACAAGCCAGAAGGAGAACAGCAUCACUCUGAUCUCCAUGAAGAACAUCAACAUGAACAACAGCAUGAGUUACCCACCGUCAGAAAAGGUUUCCCUUUAA